GCCGCGCGCGCCAACCGUCGGUAUUUGAAUCGGCGGCGGGCGGACGCACCCGGGACUCCGCGCCUCCCGCUCCGUCUGCUCCGUGCGGCGGCCGGCAGGGUCAGCUGUCAUCACGUCUGCACGACGCAGCCCUCAAGCUGACAGAAACUGUGUUUCCAGAAUGAGUCUGCAAAUCUUCAAUGACGAAAAUGUCACUGGUGACAGAAGUACAGAAAACUGCGACUUCCUGUUUUCACCACUGGAACUUACCGGAAGAUCCUCUGUUCUCUGUGUGUCACAGAAAGAAAAUGUGCCGCCCAAGAGCAUAGCCAAAGCUAUGAAGGUGACUUUUCAGACACCUCUGCGAGACCCACAGACACACAGGAUUCUAAGUCCUCGCAUGAGCAGCAAACUCGAGGCUUGCUUUGGUGUGGGCGACACCAUUGGAUUAGAAAACUCACAAGUCUGGACCGAGAAAGAGAACCAACAGUUCCCCAUGGAAGUGGACACCAAAACGACCAACGGGACCCCUCAGAAUCCGGCAGUAGCUCAUGCCACCCCCCUCCCGGAGGACCUGGGACCCGCCUCUGAGGACAGGCCUUCCAGUGGGCCCACCUCCACAGCCCAGGCCAGCCUGCGCCCCUCAAGCUCUCCCCAGACCCCAGCGAGUCUUGAAAACCAAGUGGCAUGUGCAGGACAAAUGUCUGCCAGCCCUGUGCAAGGCUUGGAGGACAACGGUAGUUGUGAUUUCCUAGAGAAAAGCGUUGCACCCGCCUCCGACAUCCUAGAAGAUCCUCCCAGGGUGGGAGUCCAAGGCAGAACGGAGGAGCCUCAAAGAGCCACAGGAGAAAGGGCGAGCGGAGCCGCUGCUUCAUCAGCCGAGGCCGUGUUGCCCCCUGGUACUCACCCAGAAGUUGCCCACAGAGAAGGCCCCCUCGGAGGCCUGCUUGGAGCCCUGGCCAUGCCCCCAAGUUCUCAGAACACAGAGGCCGAGGGCCAGAUGGUCGACUCUUCAAGGAGUGAGCCCAGGAGGCUAGAAUGUGACUUCUCUAACAAUGCCACCAGCAAAAGGCCACCCCCACCCAGGGACCUGGGGAAGAGAGCCGACCCCCAGCCUCUCCCAAGACCAGAGACGAGGCAGGAAAAGGCCCUGGAGGAGGAGGGUGAAGGUCCCGUUCCCCCUCCCCAGGGGUCUUAUGACCCGGACUGGGGCAAGCUGGAUGACCCCAACUUCAGCGUGUCCGGAGGUGAUGGAGAAACCCAGCCCCAAGAACACCCCCAGAGCAGGCCGGUCUGGCCUAUGGCCGAGCUGCUGAGCGCUGGGCCUGCGGCCGCAGGGGACUCGUUUCCAAGCCAGCAGGUGCCUUCAACCCCAGCUGAUGACACACCUGUGAUGCAGACAAUGGUGAGGACCACAGACAAGGAGGAAACGGCGAAUUUUCCAGGGGCUGCUGCUCUCACCAGCAGCUCGGGCAGUGAGCCCACAGCCCUGCCUGCUGACCCAGCGCCCCCCACUCUUCAGGGGGGGCCGGAGCCUGUCUUGGACCUGAGUGAGGAGCACUUCCGAGCCCCAGCCGAGGUCCUAGGUUCAGAGGCCGAGGUGGACUACCUGGAGCAGUUUGGGGCCUCCUCGUUCAAGCAGUCGGCCCUGAGGAAGCAGUCCUUAUACCUCAAGUUUGACCCGCUGCUGACGGACAGCCCCCCGAGAGCAGCGCCCGCACCCGCCGGCACCCACAGUCUCAGUGUGCAGGGCGCGGACCCGCCUACCUCAGGAAGUCCGCCUGAGGCCAAGCUGGUGGACCUCGACUUCCUGGGACCCCCAGACGUCCCCGUGCUGGGCCCACCUCCGUGUGUCUUCGGGCCCGGGGCCCCGCUGCUGCCUGUGGGGCCCAUUGUGGACGUACUGCAGUACACCCAGAAGGACCUGGACGCAGCGGUUGAGGCGGCACAGAAAGAGACCGUGCAGCUCAGGAUCAUGUGUGAUGACCUGCGUGAGAAGAACCUGGAGAUGGGGAAGAUCAUGGACGGCUUCGAGAGGAUCGUGUACCAGGCGAUGGAGGAGGCUCAGGAACAGAAGGAACUGGCCAAAGCUGAGAUCCAGAAGAUUCUGAAAGAAAAAGACCAGCUGACUGCAGACCUGAGCUCCAUGGAAAAGUCGUUCUCUGACCUGUUCAAGCGGUUUGAGAAACAGAAGGAUGUGAUUGAAGGUUACCGCACGAACGAAGAGUCACUGAAGAAGUGUGUUGAGGAUUACAUAGUAAGGGUGGAGAAAGAAGGCCAGCGGUACCAGGCGCUGAAGGCCCAGGCGGAAGACAAGCUGCGGCUGGCCAACGAGGAGAUCGCGCAGGUGCGCAGCAAGGCCCAGGCCGAGGCCGUGGCCUUCCAGGCCAGCCUGAGGAAGGAGCAGAUGCGCGUCCACUCGCUGGAGAAGGCCGUGGAGCAGAAGACUAAGGAGAACGAUGAGCUGACCAGAAUCUGUGACGACCUCAUCUCCAAGAUGGAGAAGAUCUGAUGUGGGUCCUGGCCCUGAGCCCACCCCCCUCCCCCCUGCUUGUCUCCCUGUCUGUCUGUCAGAAGUUUUCAUGUUCUUCUC